CCACCACCAGCGCAUGGGAACGCCGACUAAAUUGAGCGAAGACGAGUCUGAAGACACUUGCGUGAUAUGUCUCUCGUCGGUCACAGAAAGAGCAAUCACCGCUCCCUGCAAUCAUUACACUUUUGAUUUCGUGUGCCUCGUGAGCUGGCUCCAAGAGCGGUCUACUUGUCCACUAUGCAAAUCAGAAGUCACUGCUGUCCAGUAUGACUGGCGCUCGCCUACCGACUACAAAAGCUAUCCCAUCUCCCGCAGCCAUCCACCCAGCAGUGUGUCUGCUCCAUCUUCUCUAUUCGCUCCGUACGGACUCCCAAGAAGACCAAGAUCUUCCCGUCGUCCCUACUCUCCGCCAAUCGAAGAUGUCGCGCUGCGCAGGCGCCGUGAGGUGUACAGUAAAAAGCUCUACUCCUUCCACAUGGGGAGCAACCCCUUCUCAGGGUACUGCGAUGUGACCCCCCAGAUGAUCGCCAGCUCUGCAGAACUCCAGUCACGCGCUCGUAUGUGGAUACGACGCGAAUUACGCGUCUUUUCUUUCCUACACGCGGAUCCUGCAUGCUUGUCCUCCGACGAAGCGACGACGAGCAGCAACGCCGAGUUCCUGUUGUCCUAUGUCGUGUCUAUUCUGAGGAUGGUGGACCUAAAAGCGAGCAACGGUCAUGCUGAAAACCUGCUGGCCGAAUUUCUCGGACGAGAAAACAGCACACUAUUCUUGCAUGAGCUGAAUGCUUGGCUGAGAAGCCCGUACGCCAAGUUGGAAGAGUGGGACAAGAAUGUGCAGUAUAGAGACGAAAUCUGAACAGCUCCCGAAGAAGGUAUACAGGCCUUUGUUGGGAGCGUAUCUGCUACCACGUCGAGCAUGUAUAUGCUCACUUAUAUAUUUAAACGAUCAAUCAAUAUUACUAUCC